GAGCCCCGUGGUGUAGAACUCCACCGUGUGGCUCUGACACAGCGGAAGUCCCCAUCGGAGGAACUCUGCGACUGCCCGUAGUCGCUCGGUUACUGUCCCCGCGGAAGGCUCCGGAGGCAACGGGUAAUUCUCUCGGGAGGCGGCCGGCGAGGGCUCCCGAGGACACUUCGACAUGGUGAGCCCCGCACAGAAACCGCGAGCCAAUCAUCGAAGAGAAAACGCUGGGGAGGAGUACCGAUAGCUCAGCAUCGAUGGGGCUGGUUGUCGUCUCCGCCCCCCUUCCCGAGCUCGACCUUUCUUCCCAGGCAAAGUGAAUCAAGUGCCGAGCUAAGCUGUUUCUACGUUGUUCCCAAUCGGAUACCCCUGCAGCUGAAAAGACGACGGUGACACCUACUGAUGACAUCGGCAACGUGCGACAAAAUCGAAUAGCUUGCAUGAUGGCGCCAGUUGGGAAGAAAAGAGACUCUCCGAGCUUCAAUAGAAAAGGAGGCAAAGAAAAAGACCCGGCUGGCCUGAGUCGGAAGCAGCCCCGGCGAUGGGACGCGCGUCCGUUUAGGGGAAGCCUCCAGGAGGGUCAAGGCUUUGCCAUUUGGAGAAAACAAAAGAUUCAACGUGCCUACAAAAAGUUACUUAAAAAGGAAAGACAUGUGAAUCCUCAGAAGAAUGUUGGGUUUACUGAAGAUUAUCCAGAACAUCUGAAACAUCUUUAUUUAGCUGAAGAGGAAAUGCUUCGGAAACAACAGAAACCUAAACAUAAACUAGUAGUACUUGAAGAGAAGGAGACUGUAACUUCAGAGAGCAAUGUGAUUCAGAGAAAACUUAAAGCAAAAACUUCAAACCAGAAAGCAAAAGAGGAUUAUGAAAAAAUAAAGACUGAACGAAACGAGAAAAAAGAAGCAGCCAAAAGAAGAAGAGAAGAAAGAGAGAAAGCUCAAAAACUUUAUAAACAGAAGAAAAUGGAAGCAUACAAAAUAUUAAGUAAAAGGACUAGAAAAGGACAACCAAAUCUAAAUUUACAAAUGGAAUAUCUACUUCAAAAAAUUGAGGAAAAAGCAUAACUUGUCAUAUUGUUUUAAAUUAUAGACACAAAAAAAUGAUAAUAUGAACUGGUUAUGGACUUUUUUCCCUAUGGCCUUUAAAUUUUGUAGUAUCAGCUAUUUUUAAAGUUUAAAGUUAUAAUGAAAAUAUUUUUGCAAAUGGAAAUCUAUUUGCAAGGACUUUUAAAGUUUAAAUUACAAUUUGAAUAGGCUAACUAUAUUAAAAUGUUCUUUGUAUUUUUUAGAAAUGCAGCUAAACUUUCGGAAUAUAUAUGGUGCAUUUGUACUGUGACUUAAAAACAGAUUUUUUUGCCUUCAUACAGAUAGCCCUCAAUGUACAACUGUUCAUUUAGUGACCUUGCAAAGUUACAUCAAGUACUGAAAAAAAUGACUUAUGACCAUUUUUCACACUUGCAACCAUUGCAGCAUCCCCAUGAUCAUCAAUUGUGUUGUAAAUGUUGUACCUUGAUGAACGUAUCUUUUCUUUUAUGUACACUGAGAGCAUAUGCACCAAGACAAAUUCCUUGUGUGUCCAAUCACACUUGGCCAAUAAAAAAUUCUAUUCUAUUAUGUAAUCAGAAUUCAGAUGCCUGGUAACUGACUCAUAUUUAUGAUGCUUGCAGUGUCGCAGGGUCAUGUGAUCCCUUUUGCAUCAUUCUCACAAGCAAAAUUAAUGGGAAUGCCAAAUUUAUUUAACAACUGUAUCACUACUUAACUUGUGUCCCACUCCUCCUCUGACGGCCGGGUCAGGUAAGUCCGUAUCAAGUGUGCCUCUGCAGCUUUGCCAAAGUUCUGUCAGAGUUCUCAGGGCAGGCAGGAGACCAGGAUGUGACUUCAGCAAUCCAAAUUAGACUUUGCCUGACUAAAAGAAUGACAGAAAGCAGAUCCUUUAUAUAGGCCAUGGGGUGUGGCUCCAUGACUCAGCACUUAUCCAGGCCUGCCCCUCCCUUCCUUUUGCUGACGUCGCCUCUCCACUCUUCGGAAGCAUGGGUCCCUCCAGCUGCCGUGCCGGCAAGUCCAGCUCGUGACUGGCUUCACACUCUCCAGGCUCACAUGCUGUGGGGGAGGGGGCCAGCUGCUCCGUUUGUCCGGGCAUGGUGCCAGAACUGGGGGCUGAGGCAUGUCAAGCCAUUCGUCUUGCUCGGUCUGUCCGGGCAUGGUGCCAGGACUGGGGGCUGGAGGCAUGCCAGGACAUUCUUCUGCAUUAUCAGCGUCCGGCAGGAGAUGAGAGGGGCCCGGCUGCGGAGAGGGGGGCGAGCGAGGCACAACAUAACAUUUACAGUGAUUCACUUAACAACUGUGGCAAGAAAGGUUAUUAAAUGGGGCAAAAUUAACAGAAAUGUUGGGCUUCAUUGUAGUCGUAUGUUGAGGACUACCUGUACAAUUUUUACACAGUGGGCAUGCAUAGAAGUGCAUUGCUGGUUUCAAUACAAUUGAUCUUUGAUUUAGUUUAAAGUUUGCAGUACUUCAUUUUCCUCUGUUCUUUGUUUUCUUUUGUAUACAUUCAAAAAUUCACUAACUGACUAUGAACAAAGUGUUCUUGGCAUAACUUGAUAAAAUACAAAUAGAGUUUCUAAAUGUUUGCCAAAUAUAGUGUAAUUAUUACAAUGAUAAACCUGAGCAUAUAAACAUAUUUAAAGAACAAUUGCUUACGGAAAUAUAACAGGAUUAAUUUUUAAAAAACAUAGGAAUAUAUGGGAUUAAUGGGAUCUAGUUGGAACAGGGUAGGAAAAUGUUGUGUAUGUAAUGUAUAUUGUAUAUGUAUAUUAUAUAUGUAUAAUCUACGUAUAGAUAACAUUCAACACUGAAAAUUAUAAUAAAUGGUUUAGGAGCAUCUUCAGUAACCAGAUGCCUAGAUGCUAGUAGGUCAAUACUAUUAAAUAUUUCAUAAACAAUC